AUGGCAGUGCCCCUUAAAACUGUUUUCCGACGUUUGUGGAGUUCAGACAUCUCAAAUCUUGGGGAAGGCGGGUAUGGACGUCUGAAUCCGUUGUUUGCCAUCUCUUCGGCACCAACGGGAAGAUUUGCAGCUCACUACGGCAGCAACCCACUACUUGGAUUCCACCUUUCCAGCGCAUUCGACGAUGAAACGUGUUCGGAACAGGAGCUGACGGAGAAAAUCGUCACUCUCGCCAAAUUGCAGUUCUGGGGGUGGUGCACUGCUGUGAAAAAUCAAAUACAUUCCAGCACCCUCCAAAUUAGGUUCUUUUGCGGAGAUGCUUUGCGGCUUUGCUAUGGGCUGCAGAUCUCUCUCAACUCAGUAAGUCCAAUCCCAAAGAUCGUGAGGACGUACACCUCUCCAUGGAGCUCCACAGAACUGGUUCUUCUUGAUCCAGCUUGGCCCACUGAAAGGAAGCAAUUCGAUAUUAUCGACACAUCUACCCUCAUUGAUCACGUUGGGAUGCUUAAUGUUCUACCUGCAGUUGUACCGCUGUUAUCUCGGCGAGUCGCCUCAGUACUGUUCACCAAUAGCUUUUUACGGGCAGCAGAGGAUAUGACAGCAGCACUGCCGGCUCUUCUCUGCUCGGAUGUCACUACAAUUCUCUUUGAUCCUCGGUCUCGCUCCAACGACUCACCUCUUUCCAUAUACACCAUAUGCGGUUGGACUUGA